CUGUAUGCUUGUACCCUUAGACAACUCUUCGGAUCCUGAUAAUAGCUGAGAUACCUCCUGAAAAACGUCAACAAACGGACCAUCAAUUCACGUUAUCGAUCGCGAUCGAGCACUCAAUCACGCAGGGCUUCUUCACCUAGACUAAUUCCGGGAAGAGAGAAAGGAGGUGUUCAAGAUGGCACAUCGGAUACGAGAGGUAUGGGCGGACAACCUCGAUGAAGAGCUGGAUUCGCUGAGGGCGACGAUAGAGAAGUACCCGGUCGUCUCUAUGGACACCGAGUUUCCGGGGAUCGUUGCGCGACCCAUAGGAACGUUUCGUACGGGAUCCGAUUAUCACUUCCAGACGAUGCGAUGUAACGUCGACUUGCUCAAGAUCAUACAACUGGGUCUGACCCUGGCAGAUGAAGAGGGGAACAUGCCAGAAGUCUGUUGCUGGCAAUUCAACUUCAAGUUCAGUCUGAACGAUGAUAUGUACGCACAAGACUCUAUUGAGCUAUUACAGAAGUCCGGAAUCGAUUUCAAGAGGCUAGAGACCGAAGGGAUCGACAAUGACGUCUUUGCGGAACACCUGAUUACGUCGGGAUUAGUUCUCUUCUCCAACGUAAAAUGGGUUAGCUUCCACUCCGGAUACGACUUCGGCUACCUCUUGAAACUGCUCACCGCAUCGCCGCUACCACCUGUCGAGUCCGAAUUCUUCGACGCGCUACACAUCUGGUUCCCUCACGUAUACGACAUCAAGCAUAUCAUGCGGAGUGUAAGAAGCUUGAAGGGGGGAUUGCAGGAGAUUGCGGAUAUGAUGAACGUGCAACGAAUCGGACCUCAGCACCAGGCCGGGUCAGAUUCCCUCCUGACGUCUGCAGCCUUUUUCAAGAUGAAAGUCAACUUUUUCGAUAACCACCUCGACGACGACUACUACAAGAACUUCUUAUAUGGCUUUGCGUCUGCCCAAAGCCGAGUCCGAUAUGCAGGGCCUGACAUCGGUCGACCUGGGAGCGGAUUGCCGGAUAGGAGCGGCGCCAACAGUGUCAACAUUUCUUCCGGACACGGUGCAGGCAACGACGGGAUGGGCAUGACCAAUAUAGGCGACGGGCUGCUGACCUUUGGUCCGGAGGGAGGCAGGCCGUAUUGAUGAAUGCCGGCGCUUUCCUUAUACCCGGUCUUGGUAGACUCGCCUGAAUCGAGUCCUGUUGUAAUGACGAACAUGGUGAACACUGUGGUGUAUCUGGGGAAACGGAUGAUUCACCGUUAAUAUGUAUCAUGUAGCACAUUCGUCCUGAGUCGAUGGCAAGACGUAGUAUCGC